CAAUUACCAAGAUAUUGUAUUAUAGCGUUCGUCCUUCAUGCCAUCAAAUGUGAGACGUCCUGAUCAUUAUAAACCAUAUUAUUAAAUAGGAAUAAGAUUAAACGUAAAAAGGUGUUUAGUUUCGACUACUUAUACUUCGAGUUAUAGUCAGAAUAUGAGUUCUUACCAACGACUACGACCGGUCGAAGGUGAAGAUACACAUUAUCAAUCGCGGAGCAAGCAUUUUAUAUAGAUGCAAUUUUCUAAAAUUGCAAAUCCUUCUUUUGUCACUUCAAGGAGUUUUUGGGAGAUAAGAUUACAUAUAAAAAAUGCACCUCAUACCAUCUUUUCUUCUACCAAAUCAUUCUUCCAACCCUGCAAACCGCGGAGUUUUUAUUUUUCUCGACAAUACAACACAUCCAUGAUUCCUUCAGAUUUUUCUGGUAAUUAUUUUCCCUUCGACGGUGUCGUACCUAAGCAUGAAACUCAAGCUUUUGAGUUCUUGAAGAAGUACCCAGAGUAUGAUGGACGAGGCGUUACUGUAGGCAUUUUAGACACAGGUGUGGAUCCUGGAGCACCUGGACUUUCAGUGACAACGACUGGAGAAGCCAAGUUCAAAAAUAUUGUUGAUUGCACCGGAGCAGGAGAUGUUGAUACAUCACUUGAAGUGGAAUCCCUUGAUAAUGGUACAUCUAAUGAAUAUAUAAGCGUUCAAGGACGUUCUGGAAGAAUGCUUAAACUUUCAAAAGAAUGGAAGAACCCCAGCAAGAAAUGGAGAGUUGGAUGCAAAUUUGGUUAUGACUUUUUCCCUACUGAUUUACGAAAGCGUCUUCAAGGAUUGGAGACAGAAGAUAUGAACAAGAACAAUCGAAAGCUUUUACAAGACGUCACUGAUGAAUAUGCAAAAUUUAAAGCUAAAAAUCCCGACACUCCUACCGACAAGGACAAAUUAUUGGAACUGAAAGAGCUAGAAGCUCGCAUCGAAUGCCUCAAGGAAUUUGGUGAAAAGUUCGAAAAGAAUGGUCCUCUUUAUGAUAUUGUUACGUUUCAUGAUGGUGAGCACUGGAAUGUUGUCGUCGACACUAAUCAGUCCGGUGAUUUAAUUGAGCAAAAACCUCUUCGUCCGUUCUCGGUUGCUCAGGAGUGGAGCACUUUUGGAUCCAAAGAUUUAUUAAGUUAUGGUGUUCAUGUCUAUAACAAUGGUGAUGUUACUUCCUUGGUCGCUGUUAGUGGAACUCAUGGAACUCAUGUAGGUGGUAUUAUCGGUGCUCAUCAUCCAGAAAAACCAGAUUUGAAUGGUGCAGCACCAGGAUGUCGACUUGUCUCACUUAUGAUUGGUGAUGGAAGAUUAGAUUCUUUAGAAACAAGCCAUGCUUUUUCUCGUGCAUGCACAGAAAUUGUAAAAAACAAAGUUGAUAUCAUCAACAUUAGCUUUGGCGAAGAUGCUGCUGUUUGCGAUAAAGGAAGAGUGAUUGAGCUUCUUCGUGAUGAGCUAUCUGGAAAACGAAAUGUCAUUAUUGUCUCUUCAGCUGGUAAUAACGGCCCUGCUUAUACCACCGUUGGUGCUCCUGGUGGAACUACAACUGAUGUUAUUUCGGUAGGUGCAUAUGUCACUGGAAGCAUGAUGCAAGCCCAAUACAGUCUUCUCUCGAACGUGCGUGAUACACCUUAUACCUGGUGUUCCCGUGGUCCUACUUUAGACGGUGAUACCGGCGUGUCUAUCUAUGCUCCUGGCGGUGCCAUUACAUCUGUCCCUCCUUAUUCCUUGCAAAACAGCCAGUUGAUGAAUGGAACCAGUAUGUCUUCCCCUUCAGCAUGUGGUGGUAUUGCAUUAAUUUUGUCAGCAUUGAAGGCUCAAAAUAUCCCAUACACUGCUUCUGGUAUUAAGAAAGCCGUCAUGUACACAUCAAAGGAUGUACGAGAUGAUUUUGAAGUCGGAAUGUUGCAAGUCGAUACCGCCUACAAUUACUUGACCGAGUCUGAUGCUGAAGCUGCUUCCUCACGCUGUUUCACAGUCAAAGGAAACCUUGGAAAUAGCAAACGUGGUAUUUAUCUUCGUGAAGUAGCUGAUCUUGCUAACCCUUCCCGUCAUACAUUUUCUGUUGCACCCAAGUUUGAAGAAGGAGAAGAAACGGCCAAGUCUCAGUUUGAAGUACAAUUAUCUCUUGCGACAACACAACCAUGGAUCCAAGCUCCAGAGUACGUGAUGAUGGCUGGAACAGGAAGAGCUAUUUCUGUACGCGUCGACCCUACCGUUUUGGCACCCGGAUUCCAUUUCGGCAAAGUAAGAGCUUUCGAAGCCACUAAAGCUUCUCGACGUUGUUUAUUUGAAAUCCCUGUAACGGUCAUGAAACCAUCUACUGUUGUAAAUGCAAAUUUUUCUCUGCGUGAUGUAUCUUUUGAGCCAACAUUGAUUCGUCGCAAUUUCCUUGUACCCCCUAAGGGAGCUACUUAUGCUGAAAUUCGAGUUAAGGCCGUUUCACCUUUAGAGUCCUCUAAUAUGCUUUGGAUUAGUACCAAUCAGACUCUUCCCCAGACAAAACUCAAGGAUGCAUCCACAGAGCUUAUUAUGUCUGUAUCAGAUAAUGAAGUAACCACUAAGUUAAUCCCUCUUCACGAUGCUUAUACCCUUGAACUUUGUAUGGCACAAUGGUGGUCUUCUUUAGAACCCAUGACUUUGGAUAUUGAUAUUAAUUUCCAUGGUAUUCAACUUCUGAACGGAAGUGAAAUGACACUUCAUGGCGAUAAAGGACUUGAACGUCUUGAUUGCGUUAGUAUUCGCCGUGGAAAGUUUAAGCCUGAGAUUUCCCUCGACAAAUAUACCGAAUGUUACAAGCCAAGUGAAUCUGUAAUUCAACCUCUUGGUGAACGAGAUAUACUUCCGGAUAACCAACAAUUGUUUGAAUUGAUUAACACCUAUCCCUUGACUGUGGACGAGAAACUUGACUUAACAGCAGACUUUUCUGUUCCACACAACAUGUACGACAAUGGCUUCAAUGGAAUAUUCUUCAUGAUUUUCGAUUCUCAGAAGCAAAGGGUUCACUAUGGUGAUAUGUACUCAUCAUCGCACUCUCUCGAAAAAGGUGAAUACAAAUAUAAGAUACAGUUAUUGAGCGUGGAUCCAAUCAAGUUAGAACGAUUCAAAAACUUGACCUUAAAAUUAACUAAAAAGUUGAAAAAGUCUAUCACUCUUCCACUUUACUCUGACCAUAUAGAUUUUUGUGACAACCAAAAGGAAAGUUUUGAUCGAGCAGUCAUUGAAGCCAAUAUCGUAAAGAGCUUUGUCGUUGGAACUGAAUUAGAAGAAUAUCCUUCAGAAAUAAACGACAAGUCAGUACUGAACGGUACCUUGAAAUUUAAUGACUGUGAUAAAGCAACCGUCCCCAUCACCUUGAUUCCUUCUGCAAAGCCUAAUGGGAAGUCUUCCGAUGCAAAGGAAACACCUAAUUUGGUUGAGUUACAAGUUGAGCUUCUAUCCAAGUUGGAGGGUGCUGAUAAAGAGAAGCACUUGAAGUACCUCCAGUCGACUUUCAAGAACAGUUUAGAAGUUCAGCUUGCAAGACUAGACGCUGCGAAAGAGGACAAUGAACGUUUAUCAGUGGCUGAGACUAUUUUAUCCCUUGUUGACCAAGAGGCACUUUCCCGUUAUUACAGCAGUCAAAAGAAGGUUGAUGACACUAUCCCAAAGAACACUGUUUUGGAAAAGAGUACCGCAUUGCAAAAGGAUGCUUUCAUCAAGGCUCUUGAAGUGAAAUGUUCUUCCUAUGCCAAGCAACCUAGUAAAGACGCUACAGGUUAUUGCAACUCUUAUCAAUUGCUAUUGAAUUGGUUAGAAGAUUCCGAUUCUCGUGUUGCAGUAAUCAAGAAGGAUUAUUAUAAGAGCUUGUCUCAAUAUGGUUUGGCGUUGAAGGCAUUAAGAAAACAGAUUAGCGACAACGGCAACUCUGGCAAAUUGGAUGUUUCCAAGCUUCUUGACGAAGAGAAGGACUUGGUGCAGAAGUUGGGCUGGUCAUUCUGGCUCGAUGUAUCGAAGGUCAAUUCUGUUAAGAGAGUUCCUCCUUACGGUUAUGAAUUGUUUUAAGCCAAGGGAUGGAUUACUUGAGUUUUAAAACUUGAUAGUACCUUUGUAUCUAUAUCUCAUAAGAAAUACGAAUAUUGAAAGCUUAUUGAAGCACCUUUAGUCAU